AUGAUUGUCAUUUGUACCACCGUAGAUCCCUAUAUAAUUAUUUCUGAAACCUACGCAACUUUCCACAAAAGUUCCAUCCAUCCUCUACAAACCCUCCAUAAACCUGACAUGAGCGCUGUCAACACAUCGACGGUACAAGGAAACAAGUUCCACGUUCCCGAAGGCCAUUCGGUCACUAAACGUCUCCAAUCCGAACUGGUUCAGUUAAUGAUGUCCCAAACUCCUGGUAUUUCAGCCUUCCCUGAAUCUGACUCCAACAUGCUUAACUGGAAAGGUACCAUCGAGGGCCCAAAGGCAACCCCGUAUGAAAAUCUGCGCUUCAAAAUCUCUUUGGAAUUUUCCAGUAAUUAUCCUUACGUUGCCCCUGUUAUAAAAUUCGUAUCACCAAUGUGGCAUCCCAAUGUGGAUAUGAGUGGAAACAUCUGUCUCGAUAUUCUCAAGGAGAAGUGGUCUGCCGUGUAUAACGUCCAGACAAUUCUUCUGAGCUUACAGAGUCUUCUGGGAGAACCAAACAACAGUUCUCCUUUGAAUGCCCAGGCUGCCCAGUUAUGGGAUGAAGAUAUGAACGAGUAUAAGCGAUUGCUAAUGCUCCGUUACGAGGACAUUGACGAUUAG